UUCUGUCCUUUAGUCUGGUUAAAAUAACAUAACAUUCCUGAUAAAACAAACUUUUUAAUAUUACAAACAGUCAAGUCUUUUAUCUGGCUAAAUCUGGCAUCCAAAAUUGUAUAUACAAUGUAGACAUUAUAUACAAUGUAUUCAUCUAUUCCUAAGAUCUACAUUUCCUAAGACGUUGUUUGCACGCACAAUGUUUAAUGGGACUCCGAGGACAUCUUUGUGAUGCAUAUCCUCACAGUUCUGUGUCGCCGCUUUGUCUUCAAAGUGUCACCGCUUUGUCUCUCCGCUGUCAUGUCUACAUCCAACAAAUACGACACUUGUAAAUACGACAAACCGCUUGUAACACGAACGGACGCGGCCAAAGUGGCGAAACUUUACUUUCCAUUUGCGACAGUCGAUGAGAAAUCGAUCAGAGAAAUGGACAGUUAUGAUGACCGCAAUUUCUACAUUGAGGGCGUUCUAGACGACAAAAGUGGUCGGAAAAGAAAACAGUUUACGUUGAAAGUGACCAACAGAAAGGAAUCUGAGGACACUGAGAUGCUUGUGGCUCAGAAUGACUUCAUGCUUCACUUGCGGGCGGGUGGGUUUGCUGUUCCAGAGCCUGUACAAGCUAGGAACGGAGAGUAUAUUGUUUUGCAUUCUGUUGCUCAUCAUAAGAAGGACGAGGAGUUGAAGUAUGCUGUACGAUUGCUGACUUAUCUCACAGGGCAACUGCUGGUGGAGGUGACACAGACUCCGUCUCUCUUCUUUGAAUUGGGAAAAACUAUUGGGAAGAUGAGCAUCCAUCUCAAUGACUUCCCGAGACAUUCAGCGCUUGACAAUCGUGAAUAUCACUGGAACUUGGGAACGAGUUUGCUCACAUGCAGGAAAUAUGUCCAUGCAAUCAGUGAUAAACCUCAACGGCAGCUGGUCACAGAAGUGAUGGAUGAGUUCGAGUCUCGAGCUCUUCCAGUUUUGAAAACUCUUGACAUGGACUACAUCCACGGCGACCUCAAUGAUUACAACAUUCUCUUAAGUGAACCAGACAGAGCAGGACAACGACAUGUGUCCGGUAUUUUAGACUAUGGAGACAUCGUGUUGAGCUACCGAGUCGUUGAUAUUGCUAUAGCAAUGGCUUACGCCACAAUUGGCAAAGAAGACGGGCUACGAGUGGCAAGUCGUCAUAUCCUGGCUGGUUAUCAGGAGAUUCAUCCAUUGAGCAACAAAGAGCUGGACAUUCUCUAUUAUCUUGUUGCAGGAAGGUUGUGCCAGACGUGUGUAUUUGGUAGUUAUUACUACAGCCUCGAUCCAACAAAUGACUACCUCCUGGCGAGUGCAGUCCCUGGAUGGAAGGCAUUGGAAGAUGUAUGGAGUCAACCAAAAGACGACAUUAUCAGAAUGUUUAGAGAUGUAUGUAAAACAUCAUUACAUCACAGACCCGCGAAACAGUCGGCCACGCCUAGCAGAAUGUCUGCGAGCAGUUGUGAUAGCGAAACGUUCGACAGAGCAGUUGUAACGCGCAUCGAUGCUGCUCAAUUAGCAAGAACGUUCUUCCCACUGCUUAGUGUGGACGAGACUCUGAUAUCAGAGAUGGACGGUUAUGAUGACCGCAAUUUUCGUAUCGAAGGCGUCCGAGAGACAGACGGCGACGGCGCGUCGAGUAGAGAAGUGUUUGUGAUGAAAGUCACCAACAGAAAAGAAUCAGUAAAUGUUGAUUUGAUUGACGCACAGAAUGACUUUAUGUCGCAUCUUCGAUCCCGAGGGUUGCCUUGCCCUCGGCCGCUGCUGACCAGGGAAGGUGACUUGAGGGUGCUUCAUGCCAUCCCUCAUCCUGAUUGUACUGAGGGUGACCCUGUGUAUGCAAUAAGGCUGUUGACGUUUCUUAGUGGAGAGUUGCUGGCUGAUGUGGAGCAAACUGAUGUGGUGCUGAGGCAUGUUGGAGAAGUUAUUGGAAAUAUUAGUGUUCACUUGAAGGAUUUUCCACGACAUAAAGCUGUUGACGAACGAAACUAUCUAUGGAACCUUGCCCCAAACCUCACCCUAACCAGACCAUACAUCCCAGCCGUUGACACCAAACAAAAACGCCAGUUAGUCACAGAAGUGAUCGAUGCAUUCGAGUCACACGUUCUUCCAGUGCUGAAAACUCUUCCCAUGAACUACAUUCAUGGUGACCUCAAUGACCGUAACAUCUUAAUGGGCAAAGCAGAUGAAGCAGGACAACGACAUGUGUCGGGUAUCAUCGACUAUGGAGAUAUUGUGUUGAGCUAUCGAGUCGCUGAUAUUGCAAUAGCAAUGGCAUACGCUGCGAUCGGAAAGAAAAACGGUUUGAAACUCGUAAGUCGUCACAUCCUGGCCGGAUAUCACAAUGUCCAUCCACUCAGUGCCCAAGAGCUGGACAUUCUCUAUUACCUCAUCACUGGACGUUUAUGUCAGACGUGUGUGCUCAGCAGUUUCUAUUACAGUCUCCAUCCAACUAAUGAUUAUCUCCUCGUACAUGCACGGCCAGCAUGGGAGACGUUGCAGGAAAUAUGGAGUCAACAAAAAGAAGACGUUGAUGGCAUGCUGAGAGAUGCAUACACAUAACUCACAGACAAUUGGCAGUCAACCAAUGUGUAAUGUUUUUUUUGAUAUCUCUGUGUGUCGGUUGCAUGUUUGUUUGGUGAUCAGACACUCAUAAUGCUCAAUAUAAU